UAGCGGCUGUCGGAGAAGAGUCCCCCUUCUCUCGUACACAUGACGACUCUCUCAGCUGUUUAGCCAUUUAAAAACUUUUCGAUUCAUUGCGCAAUCGCCGAAAGUUCGCAUGCACUCCAGUGAAAUCCUUUCUAUUGCGGUCAGGGAACCCUGUUCUCGGUCAGAGCAGAGUGCAACCGCACUCGGAAGUACUUCUUGGAGAGAUUGAUGAAAGAUUUAUCCGUUCACAGCGGGACAAUUGUUGAUUGUUUUGUGAUAAAUCAGUGAAAAUGCCUACGAAAUUUAGUAAAUUUGUGAUCGAUGCCACUUGUAAAGAGUAUGUUCAUCCCUGGACGGAUUCGUGCGUCAGUGCAACUGCUGGUCUCGGUCUACAUGCCAUCCAGGAAUGCCUAAGGAUAUAUACAACUGUUUAUUUCGUGACGAUGAUGAUGAAAGGCAAAAAACCAACUAAAGAUGACAUUAAGAAAAUGUUGAUGGGAAUACUUCAGUCCACUGCCUUUCUCUCGUGGAGCACUUUUACCUUCUCUAUGUUUUUAUGCAGCAUCAGACGGUUGACUGGAAAUUUUAAUGCAUUAUCAGUAGCAUUUCUUCCAUCAUUUUUCUCCAGUUUAUCUGCAAUCAUCAUUGAGAGGCCUUCGAGGCGUGCCAUGUUGUGCCUCUACGUAUCGAACAUUGCAACAGAAACUCUUUUUAAAAUGGGACUUUGGAGAGGGUACUACCGAUCCGUUCCCCAUGGAAAUGUUUACAUUUUCGCAGCCAGUAUUGCUGCAUUACUCUAUCUCUAUCGAAAUAGUGAUGAUAAUAAGGACUCAAUAUUUAGAAUAAUAAAGUUUGUUGCUAGUCCCUAUGAAGCUAAAAAUUAUAUACAAAGUCAAAUAGAAGAUAGAAUUGAUAGGCAAGAGGGACGGAGUAAUAUACAAAAAUCAGUAUCGAGAUCAAAUGUCCUUAUGGAAUCACUUAGAGCCUACCGUAAAUUAAUAAACUGGGUUAAAAGUUGUGGAAAACAUUGUCGGUGUCCACAUCCUCAUAGUUGUGCACACUUUGUUCUGAGCGGAGGCUUCAAAUUGUUUGGAACUGGAUUGACUGUACAAAUAGGAUUAAAAUUAGUUAUGCAGCUUAAAAAAUUGUUGAGAAAGCCUCACUUGUUAAAAUCCACAAUUUUACAAAAGAAAAACUUCGACCUACCUAUUUUUGUUGGUGGAUUUACUGUUAUAUAUAGGUUUAUUUCUUGCACAUUACGGAGAUUCAAUGAUGCUGAUACACCUAUUCACGCAUUACCAGCUGGACUACUCGCAGGAUUAACAUUUGUAAUGUUUCCGAAUAAUACGAUUGCUCUUUACGUUAUGUGGAAAGCACUGCAACUAUUUUGGAAUAAAGGAAUUGAAAAUGGUACAUUGCCAGAGAUCAAAGGCUUUGUAGUUGGCCUUUAUUGUUUCAGUACAGCUGUUCUUUUCCACGCAGCAAUGGUUGAGCCUCAAAACUUGAGAGCCUCUUAUUUCAAAUUUCUACACACUCUGUCGGGUGGAAGAUUAGCAACAAUGAAUCGAAUUCCCCUCGAUCAAUUUGGCUUAGAAACAUCAAAAUACCUGGACCAAGUUCUCGUAAAAACAAAUACCACGAAUAAACUGGUUUAUUCAUUCUGAAAUCCAAAUAAUUGAUUAUUCGACAUAUAUAAAAACAAAUUGAAGCACACAUAGGAAAAAAAAAUUGUAAAAUUGCUGAUCCACUCUAUCAUUACUUCGCAAGAAGCAAAUGCGUGUUUUUAUCUUAUACAACGAGUCAACUACACAUGAGUAAAUAAUAUUAGUUAAAUUUGUUCGUCAUAUUGUAGAAUUAUUCAUGAGAUUGUUUCUACAUCAUGUGACAAGCCUGUCUUCUUGAGGAUUCAUGACCUUUGAGGCGCUCUCGAGUGACGCAAAUGAAAAAAUUUACGGAGAACUGUAUUGUGAAGAGAAAAAAGUAAUUCGAAAAGUGGUGAAGUCUGUAGAGAAUUCUCUCAUUAACAAUUUCCUUUUAGCACUUAGUUAUUUUAUCUUCACGGCUCACCGAUUAAUUUCGAAAGGUUAUAAACGGCCAAUAAUGUUAUUUCUCUGUGUUCUCCGAGCAAGAAACGCAUUUCCAAGAAAAAAAAAACAUUUGUAGCUGCGAAUAUAUUCAAGGAAUUAGUUUUUUCUCGUGAAAUUCGACAAAGAAUCGACUAAUUAUGUAAUGAACAAAUUGAACAGUAGCUCUAGCGAGAUUUAAAAACAAAUGACAGAUGUUUUAGAAAACUCUGAACAACUUUGUAGAAAAGUUUUACUUUUUAGCUGAAACCAGAUGCCUAUAAAAAUGUCUUUUAAUAUUUUAUAGAGAUAAUGGUAUUAACAAUAAAAUUCCACAAUUGC